AUUCUUCAAAUCCUUCUGUUGUUGGUUCAUCCUCUAGCAAAAAAAGGACACGUGGCCUAACACGUAACUUAGAUUUACUUAGUAUGAAACCCGGGGAAAAAAAAACUACACGAUUCAAUACCAGAGGACAAGUUGUUUAUGAUGGAAAAGGGGAAAGAUUGUCAAGCUAUAUGGGAACAUUGGUGCGAUCUCAACACAAUGUACCCAUCCAAGUUCAAGAUUGGAAUCAUGUUAGUGAAGAUGUGAAGGAAAAGAUUUGGGCCUUAGUAUUGGAAAAAUAUGAACUAGAAGAAACAUGUAAGAGCUACAUUCUUCAAUGUUGUGGAAAUUUGUUUAGAAGCUAUAGAAAUAAAAUGAAGGCCAAGUAUUAUAACCCUUAUAAUACAGAUGAGGAGAGAUUGUGCCAUCGACCUCCACACUUAUCGGAUGAUGAUUGGAGGUGGCUCAUCCACUUUUGGGGUACACUUGAGGCCAAGGAUAUCUCAGAAAAAAACAAGGCAAAUAGGGCAAAACAAGUGAUAAAGCAUACAUCGGGAUAAAAAAGUUAUGUUCAAAUUCGAUAUG